CACAUGACAGCACGACAAGUGACAGAUAGAAAAAAAGAAGUACAUAACCUCCAAUAAAACACAAAUAAAAGUAAUUAAACUAUGCAAUCAUUAAAAACGAUAUUACAAUUACAACCAGGCAUUUUCGUUCCAAUCAGAACGAUAACGACGACCGGUCGACUUGAUUUGAUACAAAAAUGGAGGCAAGAGAGAGGGUUACCUUUAAAUCCGAAUAAAAUGAGAGUUUUGUCCGAAACUCCGGAUUACACGUUCUUAGACGGGAGACUGACACCGUUCGGAUCGAGGCAGAGACAACGAAUUUCGAAGGAACGGUCCGUUAGAGAUGAUAUCGUAAAGCUAACGGGAGAAAUCGAUUUCGCAGUAAAUAGACACAAAAAACUGCUCGAAGACGAAGAGAAUAGGAAGAAGGGGAUCAUCGGCAGAAAAUUGAAACCAAAGGGAACGGCUUUGUUGAAUUCUAAAACGUGAAUUCGACGGAAUUAUGUAGUAGAUAUAGUCUUUAAUAAAGUUUAAUUCAUUAUAGUAGAAAAAUUCUUUUGAUUAUCAUACGAUAAAAUAUAUGUUUCGACUUACUCAAUA